AACUUUCAUUGUUUACACCGGUUUUCUUGUACGUUGGGUGAAUUCACGUAGAUUUAAAUGGGGUUUUGUUGAAGUUACUUGCUCCAAUGGUUUUCCACAAAUCAAGAUCUGUUGGAUACUGUUAAACUUCUCUAAAAUGAAAACUGCUGGCAUUUACCUAGCUAUUGUAGUAUUUGUAGCUCUGACAACCUGGUCGCAAGCUAAUAAUGCUGAGUGCAAGAUUGGUGCUUGUCAUAGUCCUUCUAAAACUGGAAUGGUUUCCGAAUCAAAUUUCUGCAGUCUGGCUGAGAAAUACAUCCAAUGUCUGACUGAUAAUGUGAUCACUAAACAUUGCGGACUAAAAAAACAAAAUAAGGCCAAAAGCCUGAGAGCAGCUACCAAAGUUAACAUGAAGAAAAAGCAUUGCAAACAUUCGUUGUCAGAAAUAACUGCAAAUGGUGGAACAUGUGAUUUGGACUCUUGCAAAUAUCCCCUCAUCAACUCCACAUCUUUCUGCGAAGAAGCCUCUGAGUACGUGAACUGCAUACAAGCAAUCCUCUUCGAUGUCGACAACUGUCAUUGGGAACAAACGAAAGACGGGUAUCUCAUGAGUUAUUUACUCGCACAUGAAGUGGUGUUCAACCAAAAGUGCUUAGGUGUUCCGGAUCAGAAGAAGAAUGGCAACAUGCCGUUUUGUAUUACGAAAUGCCGUAACGAGUAGGUCAACUCAUACAUCAAUGAGAAGAAAGCUCAAAAUAUGUAUUUUCUGUGUAGUAAAAUAAAAAGUUAGUAUUACUCUUAACUUUUCAUACACUAAUCAUAGUUAAACACAACGGAAUUAAACAUUAUUGUAUUAUUAAAAUAAUUGGACAAUACUUCCAAAGAAAAUGUAAUAUAAAAAUAUAGGAAUAAACUGAGAAUUAGCUAGUUUAGCUUGAAAAAGUAAAAAGUCAAUAUUUUUAAGGUUGUCCGUAAAUAUAAUUAAAAAAUUUAUAUUAUUUAUCAAAAUAAUUUGUUACUGGUUGCUAAUUAUUCAAGAUCUUUCAAAUUAGUUAAACGAAUUUAAAUAACCAUUAAUUAUAUUUUUAUUUUUUAAAGUUAUGGUUGUGUCUUGUCAUGAAACAGUUUUUUUGAAAAACUGGUAUGAAAAAUACAUAAAGAAAAUCCUUUUAAGACAUGUUAUAAAAUCUACAUAAAGAAAAAUGUGUUAGUUAAGUUUCAAAAUUAUACUAAUGAAAUCUUUUAUGACCUGUUUUUGAUUGUACAUUAAUUAA